AUGCAGAUGGAAGAGCUUGGCUUGUUCGUUCAGCAGAGCAAGGGCAAACAUCCUAUUGGCAGCCCACCUGAUCUUGAAGUAGCAUUUCAAAGCUUUCAGACCGACCUGGUGGACUACAAAGUAUUUCUCGAAGAUCAGAAGAUGGCGCAUAGCAUCGGUGCCGCCGUCCACACUGAUGGGACCAUGAUCUCUACUCUCACCUCGCGAGAUAUCCAGUUGCUUGAGGACCGACGCGCCGCGUUGAACCUCUGCGAACGUGACCCGCAGCUGGAAAAAGCGACUGAGACCGAAGUUGCCUCACCUGGCCUAGAGGAGUAUAUUUCAACGGUUGCCGAGUCAGUAGCUGCCGCCUCUGUAAUCUACGAGGACAGUGACGACGAUGCAGUCAAUGCGGGACCCUCCAUAUCGUUCCGCGAGAAACAGGCAGAUGCCCUCGAGCGGCUCAAGAAAACCUACGUCUGUGGAGUGUGUAGCCGCAGGGUACAUGCUACAUCAAUCAUCGGAUCUGGCUGCGGCCACCGGUAUUGUGUGUCAUGCGCGAAGACACUUUUCCUAAUGGCUACAAAGGAUGAGACUCGUUUCCCGCCCCGGUGCUGCAAAAAGGAUAUCCCCCGAGACGAUGUCCUUGCGCGCAUGAGCCCAGAGGAGAGAAAUGCAUUUGAAACAGCAAGUGUCGAAUUCGAGACCAUGAACAGAGUCUACUGUAGCAAUCGACAGUGUUCCGUAUUUCUCCGACCUGAUACGGUAGAUGCGGCAACGAAGACAGCUAUUUGUGCGCGUUGUAGCCAAUCGACUUGUGUGAUAUGCAAAAAUGAAACACACGCGAAAGGAAUGUGUCCAGAGGAUACGGAGCUGUUGGAGACGCAGAGUCUGGCACGCGCAAUGGGAUGGCAGACUUGUUAUAAGUGUGGUCGUCUCGUAGAUCUCCGUACGGGAUGUUUUCACAUGACAUGUCGUUGCAAAGCGGAGUUCUGCUAUGUUUGCGGGACGGAGUGGAAGAAAUGCCAUUGUACCAAUGCAGACGUCAAUCGCAUGCUUGAGCGUGCGGAGGAGGUUGUCGAUCGCGACCCCGAUGUUCCUGUGCAUCAUCGGCAGCAACGCGUAAGAGAAGUCCAUGAACGGCUGCUCGAGAAUCAUGAAUGCGUCCAUCCAGGGAAGUUCCAACGUAUCUUCGGAAACGGGGGGCGCCGAUCUUUCCGCUGUGAAUUCUGCGAGACCAGACACUGGAACUAUAUCUUGGAAUGCAGACAUUGCUCGGUGAGAGUUUGUGAGGACUGUCGAAGAUACAGAACUUAG